AUGCAUAAGAUGAUUCAAAUCAAGUCACUAGACUACAUUGUUUUGACAGUUGCACCUAUAGUCAGAUUUUGUAAAGUUUAUUCUGAAGUUCUAGGGAUGGAAGUUCAAAAAUUUAAUCCACCGUCUAAUCCGUCACAAGUUAGGUAUGCCUUGAAAUUUGGUAAUUCCAAAAUUAAUUUGCACGAAAAGGGUAAAGAACUUGAACCAUAUGCCCAGAAUCCAAUCCCUGGUUCAGCAGAUAUUUGCUUUAUUUUAGAAUCAGAGGAACUGCCAGUCAAGUCAUUAGAAGAAGUUAUUAUGUUUUUGAAAGAAAAGGGACCAGUUCCAAUGACAGGAGCAAACGGAAGAAUGAGCGGUGUUUAUAUACGGGAUCCAGAUUCAAAUUUGUUAGAAAUUGCCAAAUAUCUUUGA